AUGGCAUCUCAAUCUCCUCCUUCUUCACCAACUGCGAAUUCUCAUACGUUAGAUUUGAUGAGGAUGAUGGAGUUGGUACUCACGGUAAUGCAGCAACAGAACGCUGCAUUAGUUCAACAGACACUCUACAACAUCAAGAAACCGGUCGGUUAUCAACGGAGUCCGGAUGAAGCAGACCAAUGGUUCCGAGAUAUGGAGCGAAUUUAUAGCGCCAAAAGAUGUCCAAACGAAAAUAGAUUGGCGUAUUCUGAGUACAUGUUGACGGGAGAAGCUAGUCACUGGUGGAGUAGCAUGAGGAUGCUACUAGAAAGCAGCAAAACUCCAAUCUCUUGGGAAAUUUUCAAACUGAAGUUUUAUGUCGAAUACUUCCCAGAUAGUGUUCGGUUUGCUAAGGAAGUGGAGUUUCUUGAACUGGUUCAAGGAGGGAUGACGUGUAGAAAAUUUGAAAAUGGAUUGCUAGGGGAUCUCAAGUUGAUGGUGGCUGGCUUGUGCAUCAAGCAGUUUCUCUCUUUAGUGGAACGGGCUAAGGUUUUAGAGAAGACCGAUAAGGAAGUGGAAAGGCAACAGCCAAAUGUUGGAGGGCCGGUUUCCUCCAAAAGUAGUCUCGGUUCUAAGAGGACUCCUUAUGCUCAGCCUUCUUCAUCAAGAGUUAGAAGUCAAUCUUCAAGACCUCCAGUACCGUUCGGGCAGCAAACCGUUCUAGCUCAUAUUAGAUGUUUUAGUUGUGGGGGUCCGUACUAUUAG